GAACAAUGGGGUCUGGGAGGCGGGGGCCCGGAGGCUGGGCCUGAGCCCCCCACCCCGCCCGGGGCCGUGGCCGGGGGUGGGGGCGGGCGGGGGGCGCGGAGGGCCGAGGAUUCUGGGAAGCGCGGGGGUCGGCGGCGGGGGAGGGGAGCCUGGGGAUUCUGGGAAGAGGGAUCGGCCGGGGCCGGGGGCCGGCGCUGCCAGCGCAGCCCUGGAGGAGCCCAGCUGUGCUGGAAGGAGCCAGCACCUGGGGGCCGGGGGUGGGGGCAGAGAUGCCCAGGCUCUGGAUCAGCAGCGGGACGGGGGUCCCUGGAACACUGCAGUCCUGAGCUCUGGAAUGGAGCCGGAGACUGCGCUGUGGGGCCCGGAUCUGCAGGGUCCAGAACAGAGCCCCAACGAUGCUCACAGAGGUGCCGAGAGUGGGAACGAAGAGGAGAGCCCUCAACAGGAAAGUUCUGGGGAGGAGAUCAUCAUGGGAGACCCGGCUCAGAGUCCAGAAUCCAAGGACUCAACAGAGAUGUCCCUGGAGAGAUCCUCCCAGGACCCCUCUGCCCCCCAGAAGCCCCCAACCCCACUGGGUCACUCCAACCCCUUGGACCAUCAGAAUCCCCUAGACCCCCCAGCCCCCGAAGUAGUCACUACCCCAUCUGACUGGACCAAGGCCUGCGAGGCCAGCUGGCAGUGGGGCACUCUCACCACAUGGAACAACCCCCCGGUGGUCCCCGCCAACGAGCCCAGCCUGCGGGAGCUGGUGCAGGGCCGCCCGGCGGGGGCAGAGAAGCCCUACAUCUGCAACGAGUGUGGCAAGAGCUUCAGCCAGUGGUCCAAACUGCUGCGGCACCAGCGCAUCCACACCGGCGAGCGACCCAACACCUGCUCCGAGUGCGGCAAGAGCUUCACGCAGAGUUCGCACCUGGUGCAGCACCAGCGCACGCACACGGGCGAGAAGCCCUAUAAGUGCCCCGACUGCGGCAAGUGCUUCAGCUGGAGCUCCAACCUGGUGCAGCACCAGCGCACGCACACGGGAGAGAAACCCUACAAGUGCACGGAGUGCGAGAAGGCCUUCACCCAGAGCACCAACCUCAUCAAGCACCAGCGAUCCCACACCGGUGAGAAGCCCUACAAGUGCGGCGAGUGCCGCCGGGCUUUCUACCGCAGCUCGGACCUCAUCCAGCACCAGGCCACGCACACGGGUGAGAAACCCUACAAGUGCCCCGAGUGCGGGAAGCGCUUCGGCCAGAACCACAACCUCCUCAAGCACCAGAAGAUCCACGCGGGCGAGAAGCCAUACCGCUGCACCGAGUGCGGAAAGAGCUUCAUCCAGAGCUCGGAGCUGACCCAGCACCAGCGCACACACACGGGUGAGAAGCCCUACGAGUGCCUAGAGUGCGGCAAGAGCUUCGGCCACAGCUCCACCCUCAUCAAACACCAGCGGACUCACCUGCGCGAGGACCCGUUCAAGUGCCCGGUGUGCGGCAAGACCUUCACCCUGAGCGCCACACUGCUGCGGCACCAGCGCACGCACACGGGCGAGCGGCCCUACAAGUGCCCUGAGUGCGGCAAGAGCUUCAGCGUCAGCUCCAACCUCAUCAACCACCAGCGCAUCCACCGCGGCGAGCGGCCCUACAUCUGCGCCGACUGCGGCAAGAGCUUCAUCAUGAGCUCCACCCUCAUCCGCCACCAGCGCAUCCACACCGGCGAGAAGCCCUAUAAGUGCUCUGACUGCGGUAAGAGCUUCAUCCGCAGCUCCCACCUCAUCCAGCACCGCCGCACGCACACAGGCGAGAAGCCCUAUAAGUGCCCCGAGUGCGGCAAGAGCUUCAGCCAGAGCUCCAACCUCAUCACCCAUGUCCGGACGCACAUGGACGAGAACCUCUUCGUGUGCUCCGACUGCGGGAAGGCCUUCCUGGAGGCGCACGAGCUGGAGCAGCACCGGGUGAUUCAUGAGAGGGGGAAGACCCCGGCGCGGAGGGCUCAAGGUGAAGCCCUGCUGGGGCUUGGGGACCCCUCCCUGCUGACCCCACCGCCGGGAGCCAAGCCACACAAGUGUCUAGUGUGCGGAAAGGGCUUCAACGACGAGGGCAUCUUCAUGCAACAUCAAAGGAUCCAUAUCGGAGAAAACCCCUACAAAAAUUCGGACGGCCUCAUCGCACACCCAGCCCCCAAACCUCCUCAGUUACGACCCCCGAGGCUCCCUUUUGGAGGGAAUUCCUACCCGGGUGCUGCGGAGGGCAGAGCCGAGGCACCUGGACAGCCCCUUAAGCCACCAGAGGGUCAGGAGGGCUUUAGCCAGAGGCUGGGGCUGCUGUCCUCCAAGUCCUACAUCUGCUCCCACUGCGGAGAGAGCUUCCUGGAUCGCUCUGUACUCCUCCAGCAUCAGCUCACCCAUGGCAACGAAAAGCCCUUUCUCUUUCCUGAUUAUAGGAUUGGCCUAGGGGAAGGCGCAGGGCCCAGCCCCUUCCUAAGUGGGAAGCCCUUUAAAUGCCCUGAAUGCAAAAAAAGCUUUGGCCUCAGCUCUGAGCUACUGCUGCACCAGAAAGUCCAUGCAGGUGGGAAGAGCUCUCAGAAGAGUCCAGAGCUGGGGAAGAGCUCUUCCGUCCUCCUGGAGCACCUCAGGAGUCCUCUGGGGGCCAGACCCUACAGCUGCUCAGAUUGCAGGGCCUCCUUCCUCGACCGCAUAGCCCUCACCCGGCACCAAGAAACACACACACAGGAAAAGUCCCCCAGUCCCGAGGACCCCUCUCCAGAGGCAGCCACCCUGUCCACAGGCCAGGAAGGUGAGGGGGAGGCCACUACCCCCACAGGGAGCAGCAGCCAUGGGGAAGGGAAAGAAGGAGAAAGCCCCAAAACCCAAGAAAAGCCCUAUCUGUGCCCCGAGUGUGGAGAUGGCUUCACAGAAGUCGCAGCCCUCCUGCUCCAUAGGAGCUGCCACCCAGGGGUCUCCCUGUGAAAUGGGUCUGGAGACCAGGGGCCUCUCUCUCCAGAGAGGAACACUGGAUUUUUUUUCCCCCAAAAAAAUUACAUGGAAAGGAGGAUAACCCUGUCAGAUGGUAGUGGAGUGGAGGAGAAAGAACCCUGGGAAAAAACAGUGCUUUUACAUCAGUGAUGAGAAACCCUAUAAAAUUGUUGGUGGGAAGCACUUAUAAGGCAGUAGAGAAAAACUGUUGGGUUAGAAACCCUAUAAACAUGUAGGAAAAAAAAAGCCCUUUAAGUCUGUAGCAGAAAAACCCUAUAAACCAUAGUGGAUAAAAGCCCUAUUAAUUGUAGGAAGAGGUCCCAAUAUGUCUCUAAACAACUCUAUAAAACUGUAUCAAAAUCCUUAGGAAAAUCCUAUAGGGUUGGGGAGGUGCCAUGAUGGCACUGACCCGGGAGGAGUGACCCUCAGAAGGUGCAGGAAACACUUCCCCUUCACUGUUCCACAGUGUUCUCUCCUAGCAGCCCUGGACAGUUCCAUGGAGGAAAAAGCCCAGCUGGGGGAGUACUGUGGGAACUGGGUAGAACUGAAAAGGAAGAAAGGAGAAAAAUAAGUGAGCAGGAGCUCUGGAGCCGCCAGAGGAGAUAAGACAGAGACUAGGAAGAGAAGGUCCCGCUCACUGCACCAGGGUUCCUUGGGGGUUUGAGGCCAAUUUUAGAUGAAUUGGGUGCAUUAGGGGAAGAGGCUGUGGAAUUCCUUAUCAAAAAGAACCCCCAAAUGAAGAAGAAAAACAAAUUGGCAAGCCUUUUUAAAGGCUGAAGUUUGGGGUGCAGAAACAUGGUCAGUGUAAGAAUACUGAGAAACUACCACAAAAAUUAGGGAGAAACGGGGCAGUUUCUGUUAGAUUGCUUUGAGGGGAGCAAACCAAGGUGGAGAAACUGAUCACAUGGAACCCAGCUAAUUCCAGCCCCUUCUUGCUUCUGGGAGCUUGUGAAACUGCAAGUUACAGGCAGGUCCCAGCUCUUAGACUGCGAGGGUUCUCCUCACAACAGGCAGGACCACCCUUUGUCCCUGCCCAGCCAGAGACUUUACUCUGCAAGGCCUCCAGGGAUGGCGGUUGCCUCCCACCAUGUUCUCAGGUCUCAUCGUCAGGAGGUUUUUCCUGAAAUCUAACUGCCACCAGUGGCAGCUCAUUUCCUCGAAUUCUGUUCUCAGUGCAGAGAGAGAACCGCUGCUAGUCGACCUCCAAAGAAUAAAGCCCUUCAGAGACUUAGGGCCUGCGUGUGGGCCUCCCUAGCCUUCUCCAAGUCAGCAGGGCCACAGAAUUUCUUAGAAAGCUUUGAUUAGCCAGCAACCUGAUUUUAAAUUUCAGCCAUUCAAUCAUCUUUGUUGGUAGCAAGGCUGCCCCGCAGGAUAAGGCAGCCCCCCUGGUGGGGGUCCAGACACCCCAUGGACUGAGCCACAGGUACCUGAAGAGGCCACAGAGGCCGUACCACCCUCCUUAUCCUGGUACCUGGAGCCCUCCGGGGUUGUGAUGAUCCAGCCUGAUCUCAGCCUUGGGAUGGAUGGAAUGGAUUCCACCAACUUGGCUCCUCUCUCCUUCUUAGCAAGAAACCUUCAGAGAGAAACAGAAGGAGAAAGGCUCCCCUGUGAGGCCCAUCUCACCUCCCACACCACACAGUUAUACGUUCAUAAACCCAGCCAAGCCUGCUCACAGGCCUGGGCAUAUGUGGCUGGGGAGAGGCAGUUGCCCUAUGAGAUGGUUGGAAGAGAGUGAACUCUUGAGUGAAACAUCCGUAACAAGAAUCCCACUCCCUAACCCUGGAGACCCCUUCAGAAGGAGAGGACUCUGCUGGUGCUGGGUUGGAAAGGAAGUGCUCACCGACCCCGGCAAUGAGCUGUCCUGGAGUAAGGGGACUGAGAUGCCAGAUGUGCGAAGUCACGUCUCAGAGAGGGGUGACCUGGAUUUCUGCAAAGCUGCGGAGGAGACCUCUUAAUUCCAUGACCUAAAGGUUCACACAAUGCAAAUCCUUUGCCCUUCAUCUAUCCUGCCCCCAGUGGAUGACCCUCACAUUUAAAAGGAUCAAAAUCUAGAACAUUGUGGGAGGGAAAUGCCAGGCCUGCUAGGGAGAGGGAGAAGGCAGGCCUAAGGAUUGUAGGGAGAACCUUGUUGACAUUCACAUAACGCCCCAGCCCACCUAAGUGCCAGGAAGGGAAGCACUACUGAGGGGCCGCCUGCAGGUCUCUUCCUGAAAGAAUGCUGAUGACGGGGGCAUCCUUGUAAGACUGAGGGAAGAAGUCCUCCAAGUCUAGGCAGAUUCCUAUAAACCAAGAGGACAGCCCUGGGGACACUGAGGUCCAUCAGAAGGAGUCCCAGCACUGCCCCAGGAUGGUAGCAGAAACUGAAAUUAUAGAGACAAACCUCUCACAAAGCCAGAAGCAGAUGCCCUCAGAAACGGACUUGAGGAAUCUGUCCCCAGAAAAGGCCUGGGGAGCAGCUUUUGGGGCUCAGAGGCCAGUCCAGGGCAGUGUGUGGCUGAAGGCCGGUGCAGGCCUGUUUCGGACUAGGGUAUAGCAUAUGUAGUAGUAUGCUCGCAUGUUGUAGGGAUGGGUGAGGGCUAAGGGGCUUGGCUCUGGAUGAUGUGAGCACAGUUUGUGGGGUGAGGCAUUUUGGAAUAGGAAAGGGGCAGGGUCGGAGACCUCUGGGGUGUGGCCUAUUCUCUCUUGCCCAUCUCCCCAAGCUCCUUUCACCAGGGUCUCCCCUCUUAGAGAGAGCUAUGUCUUGGGAGGAUCGAAGCAGGGAAGUGGCAGCAGCUAGAGUUGCUCAGAUUGGCUCAGAUGAAGGCCUGGGGUCAAGGCAUUUGCCCACCAGAACUGAGUCUGGAAGGCACUUGUCCAACUGCUUGCAGGCCACAGGCCCCUCAGAAACGCCCUACUGGAGGGAGGAGUCCAACAAAUAGGAUCAGGGAGUCAGUGGGGAAAGUAAAGGGAAGAGCUUAGAGUGAAACUCGAAACUGCCGUGGAUAUGGAGGUCAGAUGGGAACUUGGAACUGGGCAUGAAUCCUGAAUGGUGGGGAAACUUGAAGCCAUCACAGCCAAGAGGUGGGGUUCUGUGACCUGCCCUGAGGUCAGCAGCUCCCAGACUCCUUUGUCCCCACUAGGGAAGCCCGUCACCUGACUUGUCUCCGUGGAGUGAAGAGAGGCCCCACUUUUGAGUGUUGUGUGUCAAAAACAGUGUUGUGUCACCAGUGGUCAUGUUGCUUAGUUGAAGAAAAUAAAGGGAAUAAGAUUU